AUGUUUGCAUUUAUCAGCAUGAAAACAAAGUUUAUGAUUUAUUUUUUAUUGAGGAAAUCAAUUUGGAAAGCUCACUUGUUACUUGAUUUGCUAAAUAUAACACCAGAAAACGUUAAAUUAUUAUCUAAAAAUGAUAACAUCACGUCAACUCUAGAUUCAGUGGAUUACUCUUAUUUUGCUAUAAAACUUAACUCUUUAUUAAAUCUCCCGCCCACUACGAAUACAAUUAGCUUGAAAACUGAAAGCCAAAAGAAUCCUGUCCAAUUAUGGAACAAUGGAGACAUGUGCAUUUGCAUAUGGAGUGAAGAUGAAGCCUAUUACUACGCUAAAAUACUAACAGCCGAUUAUGAAAAUGAUAUUUUCACAGUAUCAUUUUGUUUUUAUGAGAAUGUUGAACAGAAGUCUUCUAAAGACCUGUAUAAUAUUAAUUCUGAAUUUGAGGUGUACGUGACAGACAUUAUGAAUAAAUCAUUUGCGCUUUCAAUGAAGGAACAGAUCAGUAAUCAAUAUGAACUCGAGGAAGAUCAUGAUAGUAAACGGGAAACAUACGAAUCCUCUGUCCAAGAUGCGGACAUAAAAGAAUUAAAUGAAAUUACUUCUCAUUUGCACAAAACUUCACUUAAUCCACUUAUUCCUCGUAAUAAAAAACAGGAAUCGAAAAUUAAAAAUUCGUGUAAACAUGGACUUAGUGAAUUUUCGGCUGAGAAUAUAUCUCAGUCCAUAAAACAGAAUCGAUCAUUAGAUAUUUCAAAUAUACAACAACACAUCAGUGAAUUACAAUUACAUCCAUUAUUGCUGAGUUGGUUUAUUUGUGGUUACCAAACUGGGUUUUACGAAGAGUCUCUCGCGUACAACGGGGACGGCAAUUAG